AUGCAAGUCCCAUCCUGCUUGUCACCAGAAAUGCGACCUUGCGCGAAGAGCAAUCCCUAUGGCCAUCACAAACGACAGCCGCAAUGGCACGCAGAGCCCGAUCCGCAAGGUAGUGAUCCUUGGCACAAUAUCACCGUCCAUAAAAGUGACUUCGCCCAACCAUCCCUCACCUCACUAUUCACAACCGUCGCCCCCGACAUCAUAUUCAGCACUCAAUCCGCCGGCUCAUUUUCCUUCCAAAAAGAACUCAUCACCACCGCAAUCCAAACCAACAUCCCACGCUUCGUCGCCGCAGAAUUCGGGCACGACACACUCAACCCCAAAAUCCAGGACCGUCUACCUCCUUACAAAGAAAAAGCAAAAGUUAUCGAGUACCUCCAGGAAUACGAGAAAUCUAUCGAGUGGACCGCAGUAGCAACAGGCUGCUUCCCCCUCGAUCAUGUCCUCAUUACGGGAACCCUAGGCUUCGACCUCAAAUGGCAGAGCGCCAUGAUUCCAGGCUCAGGCCAUGAGAAAUUCGCAGCAAGUUCGUCUUCGUGGAUCGGUCGCGUGGCUCACUCCAUAAUCACACACUGGAGCGGAGUCAAAAACCAGUACAUCUACGCCGCCGGCAUGACAGUCAGCGGCCAUGAGAUUAUGCAAUCUCUCCAGGAUCAGACGGGCCAGACGUGGGAAGUGGGCAAUGUAGACGUGGAGGAUCUCGUUCAUGAAGGGGAGAGGAGGUUCGAACGUGGAUUUCCUGAUGCGGGCAUGUUCCUCAUGGAGAGAAGUGUGUUGUUCGACAAGGGCUUGGAUGCGGUGAGACCUUCUGUGGAGAGAGACGCGAAAGAGAUGCUUGGCUUGGGUGUUGCGGGCGAGAGUUUGGAGGAUGUUAUUCGCGAUGUUGUGCAUGAGUAUGAGCAUCGUGGCCAUGGUGAUUGUGGGUGCGAGUAA